ACAGUAAGUUCUGAAUAAACUCCGCCCAACAUUCCACAGAUAGUCCAAAAGAGAGCCCAUAGCGCCUCUUCAACGGAGAUAAUUCGUACUCGAUCCCAUUUCCCUUCUAUAAGCAGAAAAAUCAAAAUAUUAUCUUCAAUUGUAAUCUUGAAUCUAAUCAAAUCAGGCUGCAAUUAGAGCUAUCAAAUCCUACAUCUCAGGCUGGUCAGAUCGCCAGCAUUUGUUGGCCAAUUGAUCCAUGUUUGAACUGAAAUGAAAUGAAUAUAUUGGAAAUGACAGGCUAGAAGCACAUACGUUGCAGCAGAAGAAGACAUAUUUUAUCUUUUUGGCUAGGUUCCCUUGUGCGUUCCAAGUUUAGUUAAUGGCUACCUUAGGGUUGAUUUUUGAAAAUUCAGUGAAAGUUGCAUUGGAUUGGUUAAAAUUUGCUCUUGAUGCCUCAUCUGUACGAGCUGUUGUCUUUGGAGUUCCCAUUGGAGGCCAUCUAUUUAUGGAGGGUCUGCUUUUAGUGGUAAUUCUUUUCCUGUUAUCUCAGAAAAGUUACCGGCCACCCAAAAGACCAUUGACAGAGAAGGUUUGUUUUAUUCAUAUGGAGUAUAAGUUCUCUGGUCUACCAUGUUUCUGUGGCUUCCAUACCUAGUCCCAUAAAUGCUCA